AUGUCGUUAUUGCCGUCAGGCUCCCAUCUUCAGUACGGUUCGGCCAUUCCAACUACAACCCAUACGAACCCCUUUCAAACCUACGGCGCAUAUCUGGUACCACCCAGCUCGGUCGCAACGGCCGAACCCCCUGUUCAAGUGGCCCAGCAGGUAAGGCCGCAGAACGAGGGGCAACAAGUUCCACGAACAGUCGCAGCCCAGCAAGAGGCGCCCCCCCAGGGGCUCCGAUUCGAAGACGUUCGGCGAAUGAUCGAGGACGGCCUGGCUCAGAGGCCCGGGGGAAGCGCCAAGACCUCCUCCAUCGAACACAUAGGCCGCUUCACGGCCCAGUGCGGAGAGGCCGAUUCGGACGCCCAGAAGCUCCGUUUAUUCGUUCACUCUCUGACCGGCGCGACCUUCUCGUGGUUCAUAAACCUUCCGUCGAAUUCGGUGAGGGAUUGGUCUGACAUGGAAAGGAUAUUCCACAAACAUUUCAAUCAGACCAACCGAGAAAUAACGGUCACUGAGUUGGCAAGGAUGAGCCAGGCGUCAGACGAAUCACCUUGCGACUACCUGCAGUGGUUCAAAACAUGCAGGAAUUGGUGCCGUACGAACCUACCGGAGAGGGAAUUUGUCAAGAUGGCCGAAGAAGGGUUGGAAUUCGAAUACCAGAAGAAAUUCCAGGGGAUUGAAUUCCGGGACAUGCACGACUUGAUCAACAAGAUGGACCGAUAA